AUGGCCAAGACGCCGGUUUAUUUUUUGAGUCAUGGGGGGCCGAAUAUCAUGUACGACCAUGAACACCCGGCGUAUCACAAGCUGGGCGAGAUCGGGAGGGAGAUCACCACCAAGGUGAAGCCGCGCGCGGUGGUAGUUUUCUCGGCGCAUUGGCAGGCGGGCAGGGAUACUGUCGAGGUGAACACGGCGGAGAUUACGGAUUUGAUCUAUGAGUAUGUUUGGUGGUGCCCUGUUUGCGGGUGUUUCUACGGGUUCCCCAACCAUUACUACGAGGAGAAGUAUCCUAAUGUUGGGAGUCGCGAGGUGGCGGAUAAGGUGCUUGGUGCGUUGAAGGAAGCCGGGAUCAAGGCGGAGGGCGUCAAGAGGGGCUUGGAUCAUGGGGUGUGGGCUAGUUUUAAGUGUGCGUUUGAACCCGAGAAGAACCCGCUGAAUGUUCCGGUGGUGCAGGUGUCUCUGUUCAAGAACGAGGACCCGAUCCAGCAUUACCGGCUCGGACAGGCGGUGGCGAGGCUCCGCGAGGAGAACAUCCUGAUCAUCGUUUCUGGCAUGGCGGUCCAUAACUUGCGCGAUAUGCAGUUUACCUGGGGCGAUCCGCGGCCGUUGCCGUACACCGUCAGCUUCGACGAGGCGCUGAAGGACGCCGUGACGACGGCGCCGGCGGAGAGAGAAAAGGCCAUGGCGGAGCUGCUCAAGCGCGGGGAUGCCCGGCAGGCGCACCCGUUUUUUGACCACCUGCUCCCGAUUCACGUCGGCGCCGGGGCUGCGGGCGAGGAUGUCGGACGGAGGCUGUGGACCUUGAAAGAGGGGAGCAUGAGCUGGGCGCAGUAUAGGUUCGGCGAGGUCGCCAAUACGAGUUCUUUGUAA